CUCAAUUUCUUCCCUGGACUCUGCAAUGUAAACGACAUUUGGAGAAUGCCAAAACGCAAGUACAAGAAGUUCUUGGAGCCUAACAGUACAAUUAAAAUACCAUGUCCAAGACUGGAAAGUCGGCAUUUGCAUGAUGACUGCAAAGAUCCACACACUGCAGAUGUUGAGACGAGGUCUCCAUCUGGCCACCCUGAUCAUGAGGUUGAUCCAGAUGACAUGGCUGACCCACUCCUGUCUUCACCUGGUCGCUGUCUCCGUACAUCUGUGAUGCAACCAAGUGACCUGGCCCAGCAGUUUGGUUGUGAUUCAUCAUCUGAAGGCUGUGACAUUUCUCAAACUGAAGAUCCUCCAGAAGAUGAUCCAUUCAGACAGAUAGGUUCUGAUACAGACAUGGACUGUUUACUAAUGUCAGCAGGUACAACAACAAAGGCUGAGGCGCUGUUCAUGCUAAUGAGUCAUGCAGCAAGGCAUAAUGUAACAGGAACCCAGCUUGAUGAUUUGUUGAAGCUCAUAAAUACUCUGUUUGGCAAAGAGGUGUUACCUAGAUCAAAAUACUUGUUCAAUAAGGUCUUUAAAAACAACUCAGAAAUAGUGGACUUUCACUUCUACUGCAAAACCUGUAAAAUAUACAUUGGCACACAAGAAUACAUAAAAGACAAAAACAUUGCAGUGUGCAACCUGUAGUGCUCCCAUUGAAAUCAGUUCCUUGAACAGUGCAAGCUUUUUUUUUAUCAACGUACCAAUUGCACCUCAAGUUCAGGCACUGCUUGAAAAUCCUGAGAUUCAAAACGGCAUGAGCUACAGACACCAAAGGCCACGCAAUGAUCAUGUCAUCUCUGACAUUUAUGAUGGUGAAAAGUAUCAAAACUUGUCAAAGCCAGGUGGAAUUCUCUCAGAUCCAAACAAUCUGUCAUUUAAUUUCAAUUCUGACGGCUCACCUGUAUACAAGUCUUCUAAAUUUUCAAUAUGGCCCAUACAGCUGCAUUUAAACGAGCUCCCUCCCAAAAUGAGAUUCCAGAAUGUAGUGCUUGCAGGUCUUUGGUUUGGGUCUCAAGAGCCAGUCAUGUCUGUUUUUCUCAGACCAUUUGUUGAUCAGGCCAAAACACUGGCAUCCAAAGGUGUGUCUUGGAGAAAAAAUGGAACCUCUCUGAAUAGCAAAAUUGUUGGACUGUGUUGUUGUGUAGACUCAAAGGCAAGACCAGCCAUGUAAAACACCACACAGUUUAAUGGAUACUUUGGUUGUGGCUUCGGUGUACAUCCUGGUACUCUGGUAGAGAAGCAAGUGAAGUACACUGUGACUGCCACAGAAUAUCCUGACAGAGAAGCUGAGAAAAUGCUGGCAGAUAUGGAGCAAGCAGUAGCACAAAACAAAAGUGUCAGAGGAGUGAAAGGUCCAUCACUGCUCAUAAACAUGCCUUAUUUUGAUAUAGUGUGGGGCUUUGUUCCAGAUUAUAUGCAUGCUGUGUUACUCGGUGUAAUUAGACAGCUCACAGAGCAUCUUUUGAACAGCAGUGGUCAACCCUACUACACUGGGAGUCCCAACACUAUGAGAGUGCUCGAAAACAGGAUCAAGGACAUAAAGCCACCACACCUGAUAACACGACUGCCCAGACCCCUUGCAGAGU